AAAGCCAACAAGAAAGCCAGGACGAAGAAAAAAAAGGCACCUUGUGGGACGUGGUAUUAUAACUUGAGCGAAAAAGAGCGUCGGGCAGAGGAUAAAAGGAUAGCGCGUGAAUUGGCGCACGUGGAGGCAGAAUUUUGCGAAAUUGAAAAGUUUGAGAUCACGUAUAUGCCUAUCGAGUACCGCACGCGAGGCAGUUCACUGAGCCCGCGCACACCACCUCCGAGGAGCUCUCAAGAACCCUCAAAGAGUCCUCAUUCUCCCAAGCCGUCCACCAGAGAGACUGGCCUCCUGGAGUCGCUCCACGCCGUGCAGCCUCAGAGACAAGUGGCGUUACGAGAGACCAAUGGCAUGGUUGUCUCCAGUUUCGACGAUGAAGGCGUGCAAACGAUUCGAAGGUCACGUCAGAGAAUCGUGUCCAACUCUGAUUAUGAUGAUGCUGCGAGUCCGCCCAGUACGUUUAAGCGCAGCGUCGCCGAUCGCAGAAGGCUUAGCGAAGACGCUGAUCAGAGCAAUUCGCGCGUCGCGCAGAUCUUGAAAGACAGGGAAAUGUCUGCCGCGUUGCUCCACUGCAUCUCGGAAGAGGACGUUCGAGAUGAGAGGGACGCAGAGUGCCCGCCCUCGUCCCUCACAAAAGCUGACAUCAUUCAAAGGAGGAGGACGAGGAUCCAGAAGCAUAAAAAUAUUGAGCUAGUGUCUUCCGGUAUCUGCAGUUCUCGUGACGAGGCGAAACCGAAGCGAAGCCUUCUUCAGACGUCUGUCGAAACUCCCAAAUCCCGCAGGAUUUCAGGUCGUUACAGUUCCAAGAUGCUGUGGACCGGGGCUCCUCGGGCCACUUCACUGAAGUCUGGAUCGAGCAGUGAGUCGGCGCGGGCUAGCUCGGAGGAGCGCAAGGAUAGGCCCUCGUUCUACUUGUCUUCUGCUGCCAGCAGCUUCACCGAUGUGCCAGUGAGAGGUGCUAAGAUGCCCGCAGCCACGUGGCAUUCCACGCCACACUCCACCCCACGGAGGCUAAUCCCUUUGCGUGACACCAGUGCUGCCCACGCAACCCAGCACACUGCCGGGAUGCUCGUUGGAAAAGCAGCGAGCGUUGACCGAAUGCAGCAUGUCGGUCGUGACCUUCUAUACCAGGUCUUGAACCGUGGAGAGACGCUAGUACUCACCAAGCUUGCCGAACCAGUGUUGGGUUCCCGUUUGCGGAGUUCGCAACCGCCUUCAAAGCUACUCGGUGCUGCUCCAAGUCCAGUGCCUCAGGCUGUGACGAGCGGCACGAGACCGCCGAAAGCUUCAGGGCGUCAUGACGACAGCGCCACUUCUCGAACGAGCGUGUGCCCAGCAGAUAGGAGCACCUUGAUCCGUAUCGGCAUUGGUGACAACCGCGAGCGAGUCCUGUGCUCCGACGCUUCGUCUGCGUCAUCAGCUAUUGCCAGUUUCUGCUCAUCAGUUGGUUCCCAUACUUCACAGGCUGCUAAACAAGCAUGGACUGACCAGGUUGAAGAAACUGCGGUCACUUAUUCUGAUUCACAGCCAGUGGACCUGACCCAGCAGCUACUCGAGAUCUGCGAGCAGGAGACUGCGGUGACGUUCGAAGUAGCACUGCGGAUUAGGUACAUUGCUUAUUUGCUUGCUUUUUGUGUAUGUCGAGAUAUCCAUGAAUGUACGCACGUGUGCGCAUGUGUUCAGUAAAAGAAACGGUGCAUAGUAGA